AUGGCUGCAGGAGAUGCCUCCUCAUUCUUCUCAUCUACUGUAACUAGCUCACUAGAUAGAAUGCAUGGCAGGAAGGUGAAGCAAAGCAUGAGAUUAGGGGUCAAUCAUAUUGACAAGGAGGUAAAGGAUAACUUCUAUAAGAAACGGAUUCAAAGUCAGAGAAGCCUAGUGCAAUACAAUCCAGAUGAGAUUCUUACUCGACUACAUACCCAAUUCCAUACUCCUUACCCUCCCCCCAGGGUCAGCUCAUGGAUCCCAGUAAAUCUGGACCCUCAAGACUCCUGGCAAUGUGACUCAGUUGGAACGGCAGAGCAGCAAGAUUAA